AUGGCGAUGUUAUUUUUGGUUAUAUCCUCACUAGGUGCAUGGAUCAUUACGGAAGGUAUCCCUCCCACGAGUGCUGUCAAUGUUUUGGAAGGGACCUUUUGCGUCACUAGAACGUCAAACCAUAGGUUUUCUCGGUUCUGGAUCCCUGCACUCUCGUUCGAGAGCCUUCUUUGCGUUAUGGCUCUUAACAUUGCCCUUCGGACUAUGAAGUCGACUGGAUCUUUCCUCCGCCGCAGCCGAUCUUUGAUGUCAAUUCUCAUCCGUGACUCCGUGUUUUAUUUCUUCAUGUCAGCGCCUCUUGGUAUGGUGGAGGCGCCAAUUGGAUUUUCAAUUGCCAUGUCGUCUGUUUUUGCGAGUCGUAUGCUUGUGAACCUCAGAGAAGCCGCUGACCCGCAAGUUCCGUAUUUGCGUCCCCAAGAGAUAAUGAGUGACUUUGCGAUCGGUGUGGCGCACACUCAUGAGACCCACUAA